UGAUUGAUGCAGAUGUUAGUCACGGAUGGAACAGCUGGACAGUGCCCGCGUGCGCCGUUAACACGUGACUGCGUCGAAGUUUUCUGGAUCUCGCGCGCGCACAUUGUUUAUGAAUGGAGAAUUAUCUUGCACACAGUACGCGUACGUUUAAGGAAUUAACUACCGCGCCCGGCUGGCUAGCGAGGUCACUCGGCAGUCUCGACCAAUCGGGAGUCUUUCGUUGUAAUCAUGUGACGUGUGUAGGAACUUGAUCGUAUUUUAACUGACGCAUUUUCUCCCCGUGUCUGUGUGUGUCUCCUGUUCAGAGUGUGUGUGUGUGUGUGUGUGUGCACGCUAAAGCGGCUGUGUGAUCUGCAGUGUGGGAGUGUGGGAGCUGCAGCGUGUUUGGGACUCUUUGUGAGAGUGUGAUUGGUGUGUGUGUGUGUGUGUGUGUGUGUGUGUAAGCGUAGGUGUACGCGGUCAUGGAGGAGAACGUGUACCAGUCCUUGUCUCGUCCUCGGAUGGAGCUCAGCUACUCCAGCUCUUCUGAGGAAGAGGACGAGGCCAGUCUUCGUCACAAGCACUACAGAGACACUCGCGCGCACUCACACACUCACACCAAGUACGAACCCGACCGCAGGUUCACCUACAACAGCCACAAAGUGCGCAGGAAACCCCACGACAUCACGGCCCAGGAACCUGCUGCUUUUCCCGAUUUCCAAACCGAGCUCCACUCGGCCAAUCAGGAGCUGGCAUACCCGGGCGGCGGCUCCCUGGGCGUGGCCUCGGAUCCCGAGUCAGUGGGAGGGGCUUCACCUGACCACGCCCUCCGCCUGUGGAUGCAGGAAGUGAAGUCGGAGCGAAGUUCUCGUGCCUCCAGCAGGGCGAACUCGCUCCUCUCUCUCACCGACACAGAGCAGGAGGGGCGGGGCGAGCAAGAGAACGACAACGAUCUGCCUUCCAGCCCUGUAGGUCGCUUCUCCUUCCGUCCUCUUCCCCCUCCUCCGCCGCCUCCUCACGCCUGUGCAUGUUCGCCGACGUCCGGCGUUCCGGAACCGAUCCAGAGGAACACGCUCCCGAGCAGGAACCAUCAGACCGAGAACAAAACACAGCAGGACAAAACACACAACACCUGGGCUCUCAACAGCAACAUACCGCUGGAGACCAGGCACUUCCUGUUUAAGCACGGCUCUGGUUCGUCGACGCUGUUCAACGCGACCAAUCAGAACUACCCUCUGACCUCCAGUACGGUGUAUUCUCCGCCCCCGAGGCCGUUACCCAGAAGCCCCAUCUCCAGGCCGCUGUUCUCCUUCAGUAAACCGUACCGCUGCUGUAACUGGAAGUGCACCGCGCUCAGCGCCGCCGCCGUCACGCUAACGCUCGCCCUGCUGCUCACAUACGUCAUCGUAGUACACUUGCUGGGUUUGCCCUGGACUCUGCGCAGGUUGGAGUUGUUUGAGAACGGACUGAGUAAAGCAGAACCCACACAGGAGGGAACCGACUUCACUGUCGACCUGCCAGGAUUCAACACCACCCAGAGAGAUAAGGAGGUGUGGCCUCGUGGGCGGGGCUACGACGUGGGCGAGGUGGAGCUCAGAGGUCGGCUCCUCCAGGUCAUUCCACCCAGCAGCUUCUGGAGGUUCAGUAUGUCUCUGCAGCAUCCAGAGUACAUCCGAUUUAACGUCACGCACACACACACUGCACUGCUGGGCAUCUACGGCCGGAGGAACACUCCGCCCACACACACACAGUUUGAUUUCGUGAAACUGCUGGAUGGGAAGCUGCAGCAGGAUGGACGGGGCGUUGCCACGGCGACGGUGUUCAUGGAGUACCUGGACACGGGGACGUGGCACAUCGGUGUUUACAAUGACGGCAGAAAACCGGAGCAGGUGAAGGUGCAGAGUACGGCUGUAGAAAUGAGCGACGGUUGUUCCACGAACUGUAACGGGAACGGAGAGUGUGUUUCGGGUCAUUGUCACUGUUUCACCGGUUUCCUUGGGCCAGACUGUUCAAAAGACUCAUGCCCGGUGUUGUGUAGCGGUAAUGGCGAGUAUGAUAAGGGUGUGUGUGUGUGUCAUGCCGGAUGGAAGGGAGCAGAGUGUGAAGUGGAGGAUGGACAGUGUAUCGAUCCCACCUGCUCCAACAAUGGAGAGUGUGUCGACGGAGUGUGUGUUUGUGCGCUAGCCUUUAAAGGCAACAACUGUGAGGAAGUGGACUGCAUCGACCCCACAUGUUCAGGUCGAGGUGUGUGUGUCCGUGGGGAGUGUGUAUGUUCUGCUGGAUGGGGUGGAGAGAUGUGUGAGAAUCCUCUCCCGGCCUGUAAGGAGCAGUGCUCGAGACACGGGACGUACCAUUCCGAAACAGGGGUGUGUGAGUGUGAGCAGGGCUGGACCGGAACCGACUGCUCUACAGAAGUGUGUCCUGUGCCAUGUAGCGUCCACGGCAUGUGUGUCGGUGGGCGGUGCCAGUGUGAGGAUGGGUGGGCGGGGCCAUCCUGUGACAGACAGGCCUGUCAUCCAAUCUGUGAGGAGCAUGGGGAGUGUAAGGACGGGCAGUGUGUGUGUCACGCCGGCUGGGAGGGAGAACACUGUACUAUCGCUCAUUAUCAGGAUUUGCUGGAUAAAGGUGUGUGUCCCGGUCUGUGUAACAGUAACGGCCGGUGUGUCCUCGGCCAGUUCGGUUGGAGGUGUGUGUGCCAACCCGGCUGGAGCGGCGACGGCUGUAACCUCGUCAUGGAGACGCAGUGCGGCGAUAGCAGCGAUAACGAUGGAGAUGGCCUAACGGACUGUACAGACCCAGAUUGCUGUGGUCAGCAGGUGUGUGUGAACUCUCCACUCUGUCAGGGCUCACCUGACCCCCGUGAUAUCAUCCAGCAGAGCCCCGCCUCCUUUAAGCCACGCCCACCAUCUUCAUUUUUUGAGCGAGUGCGAUUUCUUGCCGGGAACACACACACUCUGCCAGGAGAUGUGCAGUGGGACGGCAGCCAUGUGUGUGUGAUCAGAGGUCGAGUGUUUGCGCCUGAUGGAACUCCACUGGUUGGUGUGAACAUCACAUUUCAGCAGAAACCAGAAUACGGUUUCACACUCAGCCGGCAAGACGGCAGUUUCGACCUCAUGGCUGUAGGGGGUGCAUCCGUGACCCUGCUUUUCCAGCGAGUGCCUUUCCUCCCUCAAUCUCGUUCCCUCUGGUUGCCGUGGAAUCGUUUCGUUGUGAUCGAGCGGGUGAUGAUGUCACGGACCGAGGCUCCUCCCCCUAUAUGUGAACACAAGAACCUGGUUGGCCCAAAUCCUGUUGUUCUUCCCGCUCCUCUCACACAGUUCGCUGGACAGUGUGAGGAACGAGGACCUAUCAUACCUGAGCUGCAGGUGGUUCAGGAGGAUAUAGAGAUGGCAGGAAGUUUUGUGAAGUUGAGUUAUGUGUCGUCCCGUGCUCCGGGUUACCUGUCUGUCCUGCGCGUGCUCCUGACUCCGCCCCUCAUCCCGGUGGGGCUGCUGAAGGUCCACGUGUCCGUGUGUGUGGAGGGGACGCUGGUCUCGAAAUCGUUCGCCGCAGAACCGAAUCUGAGCUACGUCUACAGCUGGAACAAGACAGAUGUGUACGGACAGCUGGUCAGCGGCGUCACACACGCGCUCGUCUCUGUAGGGUACGAGUACGAGGUGUGUCCGGACUUCAUCCUGUGGGAGGAGUGUGUGGUGGAGAUGCAGGGUGCCGAGCUGAUCUCAUCGCAACUGGGCGGCUGGACUCUCGACAAACAUCACACACUGCACGUGGAGAGCGGAAUCCUCUACAAAGGGGACGGGGAAAACGUGUACAUUUCCCAUCAGCCCCUGCUCAUCUCCACGGUGAUGGGGACAGGGGCGGUGCGUCCGCUCGCGUGUCCGAGCUGUAACGGCCCGGCGGCCAAUCAGAAGCUGUUCUCCCCGGUGGCGUUGGCGUGCGGACCGGAUGGGAGCGUGUACGUCGGAGAUUUCAACUUCAUCCGCAGAAUCUUACCGAACGGAGUCAGCGUCAAUCUGCUGGAGCUCAGGAAUCGAGAUAUCAGACACAGUGGAGGUUCUGUCCAUCAGUACUACCUGGCGGUGGAUCCUGUCAGCGACUCUCUCUACGUGUCGGACUCGGUGGGUCUGAAGCUGCUGCGUCUCAUUUCGGUGAAUGAAGUGCGUGAUGUAGGGCGCAACGUAGAGGUGGUGGCCGGAACCGGAGAGAAGUGCACUCACUUCAGCCUGAAAGAGUGUGGAGACGGAGGCAAAGCCAUUUAUGCCUCGCUCACAGCUCCUAAAGGCAUCGCCGUGGAUAAACGCGGCUCCGUGUUCUUCGUGGACGGGACGGCGCUUCGGAAGCUCGAGAACGGCGUCAUCACCACGGUGAUCGGGUUGAACACGGUCACGGCCACUCAGCCAAUCAGCUGUGACACGUACAUGGAUGUCAGUCAGGUGAGUCUCGAGCAUCCCACAGACCUGGCCGUGAAUCCUGUAGACAACUCCCUCUAUGUUCUGGACAACAACGUAGUCCUGCAGAUCACAGAGGCGGGGCUUGUCAGAAUGGUUGCUGGGAGACCAGACCACUGCCCGACCCCCGCUGCCUCAGAUCCAAUCAGAUCGGCCCUACGUGCUGCCCUUGAAAGCACUAAAGCCAUCGCGGUGAGCCAUCAGGGGACGCUCUACAUCACCCAGACAGACGACAGGAAAGUCAAUCGUAUCCAGAAAGUGAACACCAACGGAGAGAUCUCAGUCAUCACCGGGACAAUCAGCGAGUGCGACUGUAAGAUCGAUCCUGACUGCGAGUGCUUCUCAGGUGAUGGCGGUUAUGCACGUGAUGCGAAGUUGAAGUCCCCCUCAUCUCUGGCCGUGUCCCCUAACGGGACCCUGUUCGUGGCCGACGUGGGUAACGUUCGUAUCCGCGCGGUCACGCCGUCUCUCCCUCGACUCUCCGCCUCCUCCUCGUCCUCCUCUUCCUCCGCUCGUCUGUUUGAGAUUCCCUCGGUCUCUCAGCAGGAGCUCUACGUUUUUGCGGCUAACGGUUCGCACCUGCACACGCGCUCUCUUGUCACCGGACACUUCCUGUACAACUUCAGCUACACGGGGCCGGGGCUCCUCAACUCCGUUACGGCCGCCGCCCCUGCCGGCGGAGUGGUCGCUGUACGGCGGGACUCCAAUGGUGCACCGCUCUGGUUGGUUGUCCCCGGUGGGCGUGUCUACUGGCUGACCAUUAGCAGUGUGGGAAUCCUGAGGAGAGUCUCCGCCCUAGCACAUGAGCUGGCUCUGCUCAGUUACCACGGCAACACAGGACUACUGGCAACCAAGAGCGAUGAGAAUGCCUGGACCACUGUCUAUGAGUAUGACAUCGACGGUCACCUGAUCAAUGUGACCUUGCCGACGGGAGAGGUCAGUGGUUACCAUGGCACUAUGGAGAGGUCAGUAAGGGUGGAGUGCACUUCAAACCGAGGGCACUUCGCGACCAUGACUAACCACUCCGAGGACAGCACGGCGUACACUCUGCGACAAGGUCAUGCGACGAGUGUGUACCGCGUGAGUGGAGACGGCUCUCUGUCUGCGACCUACUCCAGCGGAAUGGACGUCACCCUCAGCACCGAGCCCAACAUGGGAGCGGGGCCGUUGCCGGGGCUGUUGCCGGGGGCGAUCCACCCCACAGUGGGCAGGUGCAACAUCACACUGCCGGGAGAACAGAGCUCGAGUCUGAUCGAGUGGAGGCAGAGGCGAGAGCAGAGCCGAGGGAACUACAGCGUGUACGAACGCAGGCUGCGGGCUCACAACAGGAACGUGCUCUCCAUAGACUACAACCAGGCGAGCCGCGUGGGGAAGAUCUACGACGAUCACCGCAAGUUCACGCUGCGCGUUCAGUACGACGAGCACGGCCUCCCGGUGCUCUGGACCCCCAGCAAAUACAGCGAAGUGAAGGUGGGCUACACCACCGCGGGCCUCGUCUCCGUCAUCCAGAGGGGGAACUGGAGCGAACGCAGGGACUACGACAACGGCAGGCUCGUCAGCCGCACCUGGACCAACGGCAACACCUGGAGCUACACCUUUAUGGACAAGUCCAUCCAGCUGUCGCUUCAGAGUCAGCGUCGCUACACGUUCGAGUUCGAUCAGAUGGACCACCUCCUGUCCGUCACUCUGCCCAGCAUGGUGAAACACGGCCUGCAGACCGCGCUCUCCAUCGGCUACUACCGCAACACCUACACGCCCCCUGAUGGCCCCGCCCACUCUGUUGUUCAGGACCACACCCACGACGGACGCCUCCUGCAGACGCUGUAUCUCGGGUCGGGCAGGCGUGUCGCGUACAGAUACGGCCGAGCGGCGCGACUCAGCGAGGUCCUUUACGACUCCACGGUCGUCAGCUUCACCUAUGACGAGGCCUCGGGGGCUCUGAAGACCAUCCACCUGAUGCAGGAAGGCUUCGUGUGUACGAUACGAUACAGGCAGACGGGUCCGUUGGUGGGAAGGCAGAUCUACCGUUUCAGCGAGGAGGGUUUGGUGAACGCACGCUUCGACUACAGCUACAACAACUUCCGUGUCACUAGCAUGCAGGCUAUGAUCAACGAGACGCCGCUGCCCAUUGACCUCUACCGCUACGUGGACGUGUCGGGACGUAUCGAGCAGUUCGGCAAGUUCAGCGUGAUCAGCUAUGACCUGAACCAAGUGAUUACCACGCACGACAUGAAGCACACCAAGAUCUACAACCCUAACGGGCAGCUCAUCGAGGUCCAGUACGAGAUCCUAAAGUCUAUAGCCUUCUGGAUGACGCUGCAGUACGACGGGGCAGGACGCGUCAGCGCAUGCGACGUCCGCGUGGGCGUCGACGCUAACGUCACUCGCCACGCUUACCGUUACGACCCCGACAGCCAGCUGGCGUCGGUUUCCGUUGACGACCGCCCCAUGUGGCGCUACGGCUACGACCUGAACGGGAAUAUUAAUCUGCUGAGUCACGGCGACGUUAACGUUAACGGCCGGCUAACGCCGAUACGCUACGAUCUUAGGGAUCGCAUCACGCGCCUCGGAGAUGUCCAGUACCGCGCAGACGAAGACGGAUUCCUGCGCUCACGUGGCAACCUUGUGUUCCGUUACAGCGCUAACGGUCACCUGCAGGGGGCGCUAGACCGUCAAACAGGCCGGCGCGUUUCGCACCGAUACGACGGGCUCGGAAGACGCGUUUUCACCCAAACGAGCGACGGGACACGGAUUCAGUUCUUCUAUGCCGACCUGACCGAACCGACGCGCGUCACGCAUCUUUACGAUCAUGGCGCGUCCGAGAUCACGUCGCUCUACUAUGACCUGCAGGGCCAUCUGAUCGCUAUGGAGAUGAGCAGCGGCGAGGAGUUUUACGUGGCGUGCGACGUGGCAGGGACGCCGCUCGCCAUCUUCAGCAGCCGAGGCACCGUGGUCAAAGAGGUCCGCUACACGCCGUACGGAGACGUCUAUCGCGACUCGAACCCGGCCUUCACGCUGCCUUUCGGGUUCCACGGAGGGCUCUAUGACCCCCUGACCCGGCUCGUCCGCAUCGGGCGCCGCGACUACGACACGGUCGCUGGGAGAUGGACGACACCCAAUCACGACCUGUGGGCGGAGCUGAGCGAAGACCCUAAACCGUUCAACCUGUACAACUUCAUGAACAACAACCCGUUCGGCAGCGCGCAGGACGUCACCAAGUUCACGACAGAUGUUAGCAGCUGGCUGCAGCUGUUUGGCUUCCAGCUCCAUAACGUCGUUCCCGGCUUUCCCACACUGCCCGUGGAGAAAACCCAACACACGUAUGAGAUGAUGAACACACAGGCACGAACACACAGCUGGGAACCGAGCAAGGUCGUCCUGGGAGUUCAGUGCGAGCUUCAGAAGCGUCUUCAGAGCUUCAUCUCGUUGGACCGCCUCCCCAUGAGCUCGGCAAACGGGAAGCCGGGAAGCAGGCAUGCGCUCCGUCCCCGCUUCUCCGCCCUCUCCUCCAUCUUCGGUAAAGGUGUGAAGUUCGCGAUCCACGAUGGUGUUGUUGCGACAGAGAUCGUGGGAGUGGCUAGCGAGGACGGCCGCCGCGUGGCCUCACUCCUGAAAGGUGCCGUCUACUUGAGCGAUCUCCACUUCACCAUCGCCGGACGAGACACGCACUACUUCUGCAAGGCCAGCUCGCUCGAGGCAGACCUCGCCGUAGUCGGGGUAGGGGGCGGGGCCAGAGUGCUGGAGAAUGGCGUCAACGUUUCGGUGUCGCAGAUGAGCGCGGUAAUGGGCGGAGAGACGCGGCGGUUCGCCGAAAUCGUCCUCCAGCAGGGGGCGCUGAGCCUGCACGUGCGCUACGGGGCAACGCCGGACGAGGAACGAGUGCGAGUGAUCGAGUCCGCGCGGGCGAGGGCGGUGCGGGGGGCGUGGCUGAUGGAGCAGAGGCGGGUGCGGGAGGGAGAAGGCGGAGUCAAAGCGUGGACCGAGAAAGAGAAGGAGGAGCUUCUUUCGGAGGGCCGCGUCACGGGUUACGACGGAUUUUACAUCCUACCUGUCGAACAGCAUCCUGAGCUCGCUGAUAGUCCGUUUAACGUACAGCUAAUCAGACAGACUGACGCCGGGCGUAGGUAACACACACACACACACACACACACUUUCACAGCUUACUUUCCAGGAUGUUGCCAAGACGAAAUCAAGAAAGACUUCGUUGACUCUGAUGUGAUCGAAUGAUGCGUAUCAUUGCGUUAUUUAAGGAAGUGCCCUGUUUGCAAGCUUUACAUUUUAUUCUUUUUUUUGUGUUAAUGUUUUAAUUGUGACGCAAAAAGCCUUCAGUUUUCACCCAAAAGGCCUCUGCUUUCGUUAUUCUCUGCGGUCAAAAGACAAGAAAACCGGCCCUUGUGAAUAUCCGGAAUAUCCUACGGUCUUUUUCCAAAAAAACAAAAACAAAAAAAAACCCAGCGAGUGAUGAGUGCUACUUUACAUAUAAACGAGCUCUGUGGCUGAAAUGCUGAUCUCCGGUUUAAACAGACGUUACGUGGACCGAGGACUGAAACUUCGGAAAACUCGAGGACGUUCUCCUGAAAAAUCGUCACCUUUCGGCAGCCUCGGAUGACGCCUUUCUAACGGACUCCUUGGAUCGGAAGCGUCACAUAUCACACGUUCCACGCGGCCCGACGGCGUUCUCUCACUGCGGUGGCCUUCUAGAAACAUCCGUUCAAACUUUUCAACCGCAUUCCGGAAUCCAGUACUUACACGACUUUCCGGAAUCUCCUGUUUAAAAGGAACUGCAGAAUCGUCUACUUGCAUCGCAAUCCCGGAUCUGUUUUUGCCGUUGUUGGUUUAAUUUUUGAUUUUUUUUUAAUUCAGGAUGUUUAAAUUGCACGCCAGAAUGUUUUUUUUAAAAAAAAAUAUAUAUAUAUAUAUAUAAACGGCAUUCCAUAUUUUUUAGUUUUGUUUAAAUGGCAUUCCAGAAUCCUGUUUUGUUUUAUUUAUUUAUUUAUUUAUUUAGUUUGGGGUCGGAUUGUCGUUCUGUUUGAUCUUUUUUUUUUUAACGCGACUGUGUAAUCAUCUGCUUAGGUGGCUUUCCAAAACGAUCGACUUUAGUAGCGUUCCUUCCGACGAUCCUUCGUUCCGGAACAAUCUACUUAACCGGCAAAUCCGGAAUCUUGCGUAUAAGUGGGGUUUCUCUAACGUCCUGUUUAAAUGGCUGCCAGGAUUUAUGUCGCUUAAGUUUAUAAAGAAUACCGGCAUAACGUCCUUUCUUUCUUGAUUUUUCCCGGAAUCUUCGGUUCAACGUUCAGCGUUCCGUCACGUUGGAAGCGUAAAGAAUAAGAAAAAAAAACUCCGUUUAAAUGGAAUUUCAGAACGGUCCCCAUAAAAAAGGGAAUUCUGGAGUCUCUUGUUUAAAUCGUGUUCCCGGACUUUUUCUGGAAUCUUCUACUGAAAUGGGAAUUCUGGAAUCUUCUUUUUGGACACCAUGCCGGGAAUCUUUCGUUUAAAUGGCAUGCUGAGUGUGUUUCCUGACUCUGGUUUGAUUGUGCGCCUAAUCCGCAAACCAUCUCGCGCUUUUCCACCGCAAAAGAACCGGUUCACAAACGAGCCAGCAAACUCAGUUUGGACUGGAGCUGAGGAACCAGUGGUAUCACAUGCAAGGGGUGUGGCAGGGGGAGGUGGGUGGGGGGGGUUCAUUUCGCCGCCAUGACAACAAUCCCAAACAAACCAACUCGCCUUGUUAACAGGACCGGAUAUCGGAAACGAGCAGAGAGGAAUGUUUUCAAGAUUAAUUUUUUUGUGGGGGAAACCCCCCCCCCUCCCCCCACUAAGAGUGAAAUUAACGGUCCACGGAAGAAGCAAGCGCUCGACAACUAACUGAACACAACUGAAUAUUUUAACAUCGACGCUACUGCUAACAAAACUUCGUUUGAGCAGCUAUAUGUUAAAAAAUAAUAAUAAAAACAAUGAAGUGUUGACGUUGUCUAUCUCUGUGCUGUGUAUAGAAGCUGAAUGCCCGAUGGUCAAAUGUGUUCUCUAAUCCAGAAGUAAAACAAGAUAUUAAGUUAAACAAACCACGUGACCUUUCACAUUUCUUCUUAUUGUUAUCAUUUUUAUUAUUUUUUUUUUUUUACAAUUUAUUUAGUAAAAACCCGUGCCAUUUUACAGUACACCUUUGUUCUGAAAACUUGUUGAAACACAGACUGGUUUGUAAAAAGCCAACACGGAGUCCACGUGCACGUGGGUCUAAAGGGGGAAAAAAAACAACAACAAGUGCCGACGGUUUCGCUUAAAAGAUUAAAGAGUAAAAACGGUACUGAAUUCUGUUUCGUGAGAAAUAAAUAAAUAAAUAAAAAACCGUACGAGGGCUGGCCCGAAUAACUGGAAUACUCCAGUGUUUGUUUGUUAUGUUUAUUAUUCAUUUCUUCGCCGUGUUUGUUCGAAUUGCGAGUAUUUCGGGAUUGAACUGAACGUCCGGGUAGACGGUCAUGUAAAACCUAAAUCGUGUGCUAGUUUAUAACUGUUGAUCAAAGAGUCAGCCUAAUGCAAAAAAUAAAAAAUAACGUAUAAAAUAAUCUUACCCCGAUUUUAUUUUAAUCGUAUUUUAUUUGUCAUUGCUGCACAGCUACUGAAACGAAAUGGCUCGACUCUUAUGCUGUAGGACAGUUUUUAAGGACCCAGAAACCCAGGUUUUUGUCCGAUGCAGUAUUGUGGCUUAUUAUUAACGAUCUGUUUGCACGGUAAUAAGAAAAAAAAAUUGUUGCAAAGAUUUAUUUCACUCUAUUUCAUUUGUAUUAUCAUAACUAUACACUAUUAAUACGCCUAAUAAUAAUAUGUAGUUGUUUAAAUUUUCUUAUUCGAGAAUACCAGUUAAUUUUUUAUUUAUUUAUUUAUUAUUUUUUUUUUUUAAUGUAAAAUGGUUUUCGGGCCAGCCUUAAGUCUUAAGUCGUGCAAAUAAACCAGACAUCUAAACAUCUCUGAAAGAAAAUCUCUGAAACUGUAAUUGAGUCUCCACCAGGGGGCGCCGUGGUGUCUCGUGUUGGACUCGGUUACGUUGCGAUGAAAUAAUGACAUGAAACAGGUUCAUGUGAACGUUGUAGGAAACCCAACCCAACACAACACAACAUGGCGAGGUGUGUUACUGAGAUGCCUGUUCAGAUUACAAUCUGAGGACUUCAGCACGUUUUGUGCCUUUUUCAGCGCUAAUGGAAAACGAGAGCUAGAACAAAGUCGUGCAUCACAGACACACGUAUACACACGCACAUGGUGUGUAUCAGUGUUAGUUGUAUGUUUUAAAAAUUCUGUAGAGCAGAAUAACAGCAUUUGCACCACUGAUACAGAAGCGGUCCCCAUAAAACACUUAAGCCCGGAAGUGUGUUUACUUUCGGGAUUUGAAUCUUAUGGAUCCGGAUCGAAUUUUGUUCUUUUCCAGAAUCAGUUUUAGCACAAAAGUUCAACAGUGGGUGGUGAGGUGAGCUUUAACAGCGUGCACGAGUUCUGUUUACAAGGCCAGAUGUUUAUGGUGUGAUAGUUCUUACCAGUGUACAGUAAGUUAUUAAUACCCAAGGACCCAAGGACGACGUGCACAGCCAGCGAAUUCGAGUGCGGGAUACACACAACUCAUAUUAACAUGCCCUAUAAUAUCGGCGAAGGAAUGCUUUGGAACGUUCUAUCUCCAUCCUUAUGAGUGUAUACAAUAAAUGUAAAUGUUUUUAAGAAGCACGAGCGUUUCCGAACAUCGCUUUGUUUGACUAGCUUUUAAACUCUUCGGCAGCCGGGACUUUUGAUAAAUAAAUAUACGACGUUUCACGCUG